AUAAAUGCAUAUGCAUGAGUGAUGCGAUCGCGCAAAUAUUAGCAACAAUUUCUGUGGAAACUGUCCGUUUCCGUCAAUUAUUUUCUUAGUUUUUAGGCGAUUUUCUCACUUGAAGUCAUUAUUAAGAAUCAAAGAAGAUUUUGAAAAACUUCAAGAUGGAUAGUAUGUCAGAAUUAGAUUCAAUAAGUCCUAUAUCAGCCAUGAGUUCAGUACAGUGUCCGACCACUACCAUGGGUUCCUCGCCUCUCUCUGCACAUUCACAUAGUGGUCUCGGUUCACCGCCAAUGUCUCACCCGCUCGGUCACAUGCAGUCACCGAAUUUAUCAAGCAUGAGCUCGGCAUCAUCACAUGAAGACAUUAAACCGGUCAUCUCAAAUCCCGUUAUCUAUGCUCCACCGCAUUCGUCCAUGCCAGGGAUACCCCACCUCCAGAUCCCAGGUGGUCAUUCUAUGUCCUCAAGCCAACUCUCCGGUGGAGCCACUUCUCCGAUGGGACAGAUGCCAGGACAAAGCAUACAUAAAAGCAUUUGUGCUGUGUGUGGAGAUCGUGCAUCGGGCAAACAUUAUGGUGUGUAUAGCUGUGAAGGAUGUAAAGGAUUCUUCAAACGAACAGUACGUAAAGAUUUAUCAUACGCCUGCCGAGAUGAAAGAAACUGCAUAGUAGAUAAACGUCAAAGGAAUCGAUGCCAGUAUUGCAGAUAUCAAAAGUGUAUUGCCAUGGGAAUGAGAAGAGAAGCCAUUGUUUUGACAGCCGUUCAAGAAGAGAGGCAACGCAAAGACAAGUGCAGUGGAGAUGGGGAGGUUGAGAGCACUAGUGGGUCGAACAAUGAUAUGCCAGUAGAGAAGAUACUGGAGGCUGAGUUAGCUGUAGAACCAAACACAGAUACAUAUGUUGACACACAGAAUGACCCAGUGACCAACAUAUGUCAGGCUGCAGAUAAACAGUUGUUCACAUUGGUGGAAUGGGCCAAGAGGAUUCCUCAUUUCUCAGAGCUAAUUCUAGAUGAUCAAGUGACACUCCUUAGAGCAGGAUGGAAUGAGUUAUUAAUUGCUGCUUUCUCACAUCGCUCCAUUGCUGUUACAAAUGGAAUCCUUUUGGCAACCGGUUUACAUGUACACCGAAACAGCGCCCAUACAGCCGGUGUUGGCACUAUAUUUGACCGUGUCCUCACAGAACUUGUUGCCAAGAUGAGAGAAAUGAGAAUGGAUAAAACAGAGCUUGGCUGUCUCAGGGCGAUAGUCCUUUUCAACCCAGAUGCCAAGAAUCUAACCUCAGUACAGAAAAUCAUACAUAAUGCCAGGCGUGUUGCUACAGAUCCAAUGAACAGUCUUCCCUUUGUUUAUUCAACAGAUGCGAAGAAUCUCUCCUCAGUUCAGAAAGUGGAAGAGCUACGGGAGAAGGUUUACGCAUCACUGGAAGAGUACUGUCGGACUCAGUAUCCGGAGGAGUCUGGCAGGUUUGCUAAAUUGCUUCUACGAUUACCAGCGCUACGAUCCAUCGGACUUAAAUGCUUGGAACAUCUCUUCUUUUUUAAAUUGAUUGGUGACACCCCUAUUGAUACAUUUCUAAUGGAAAUGUUAGAGGCACCUAAUAAUAGCUAAUUUAGCAGCUAAUCACCCACAUACAGUUGUAUUGAUUUACAUGAAUUUCACAAAUUCCUUGCUACUACUACCACUACCAUAACAACUGCUGCUAGAAUUACAUGCAGCGUACCACUACUUUGCUACAAACUCAAUAAUUAUUUAUCCAUUUUAUUAUUUUGUUGCAUUAAAAAAAUAUCACUUCCACUUGAUGAUUAACUACCACCAACACCAGUUCUCUACUCACCAGUCACUACUGUAGAGAACUACAACUAAUUCAGCAACUAAAACGAUGAUUAUCUGCUUAUUACCACAAACUACUUCAGUCUACUGAUUCUGUACUAUUUUACAGUAAAUUGAAUGAUAGUACAAAAAUAUCAUCAAUACAUGACGUACCUUCAUAUACCUCUUACUUUAUAACAACCACUGCCUCUAUAUCUACUCUGGCCACUGUACAAUAAAACACUGUCAUUGGCUGGUUUAUCAAGCGCCAUCAGGUUCUAGCUAAUCCAAAGUCACAGCUUAAAAGCGUUGGCAUAUCACCAUUGCAGUUAUAUGAAUGCCUGUCAAGAAGUUAAAGGGGAUGCAUUUGCUUUAGAAAAAGUUUCCAGAACCAAGAUUGGUGUUGCACCAGGAGAAGGCAUUUCUGCAGGCUGUUGGUUACCAGAUCACAGAUACUACACAGGCUGCAAGUUAAUAUAUAUUAUGUAGAUACAUAGGUUAAAGGGUACAUUCAGAACUCUUAGUUAUUUUAGAAGUGCUGUAGAUAUAUAUUUUGUUCAAUUGCUUUACUAAGAGAUAAUAAUAUGCUGCAAUAUAAUAGCUUACUAAAUAGCACUGCUUUUUUUCCUAUUGGCAUUAAUUUAGAUGUGAACUUGUGUAAGGGUUCCUGCAGUCAUAAACAAAAACUUUGGGAAAAAACGACUGAUCGAAUUUGGCCACUCUGUCUUGAACAUGCAAACAUGGUCAGAAAAUUGUUAUCUGACAUAUUAUAUUAAUAUAUAAUAUAGAUUAAUUUAUAACUACGUAAACUCACAAAUGUUAUAUUAAUUCAUAAUCUACAUUAAGUUUGCAUGGAAUCAUGGUUAUAAGAGAAAGUUCACUAAAUAGAAAUGUUGUGGUGCAGGAACCCUGUACUAAGCUGUUUGGCAAAAAGCAUGGAAAUAGAAUAUGGUUUCUUGUAGAAUUUAAUUGCAGCAUUUAUUUAUUAAUUUAACACUGUUGUUUUUUUCUGUUGUGGAUGACUUGCGCCAGUGGUUAUUAGGUAAUAUCCGAUUCCACGUAUUUACAAAUAGAGAUGUAUAACCCCAGAAACCCAGAGAAUUUGUUUAAGGUUACUAUGGACGGACCUGCCUGCCUAUUUUGGUAUGCCAUCUCGAUACAUCUGUAAAACACAAACCAUCAUGAUUAGCAUAAAUUGGUACCAAGGUGCCAAUUUUUUUUUUGUGAACAUAGUGUAAAAUUUAUAACUAGACUAGUGAUUAUAAACUAUAGACUAAAUGUUGAUGCAUUGUCCUGUUUAACACAGCUACUAUGCCUCUCACAAGCACUGAUGGUUUCAAUCAUGCCAAGAUUGAGACGCAAGAUAACACAUCUAAUGAAUAUUGUCAGGAUGAGGGAACCUAAUGUGGUCAUUGUGGUGUUGCAUUGUGAAAUCACUGUGUGAAUGUGAACACUGCAUUUCCCAUGUUCUUAUAUAAUUUCAUUAGCAAAUUUGUAUUAGUAGCAUAUAUGUUUGAAGACGGAGAUUGCAUCAAAGUCGGCAGACGUUCCUUUAGUAAUCUAAUUUAAAUGGUAUCUUUAUAUUUUACUUUUAAUAUUAACAAGCAUUUGGUUGAGGUGAAUCAUGAAGUGGAAUUCGUGUCCUGGGGCAGGAUACAUUCUUAUUGUUACCACAAAUUAUUGUUGUCAUGACAACCAAUCACGUGCCAGUCGUAUAUAUUAGUUCAUGUGCAAUUUGUAUGUAUCAUGGAGGCCGGACCGUCUGUCAUUUACAUUUUUAUAAUCUGUGUUCAUUUUUCAAAGCAAAAGCUUUUCAUAUGAAAUCAUUUGCAAAUGUAAUUACAAUUUUAAAGAGAAAAUUUAAUACCAAUUACUUACCAACAACUUACAUUGUGAUUGCUAAUAAAUUAAUAUGUUUAUAAAAUCACCCACCAGAAUUUGUCAGUGUAAAUUGGGAAAUAUAUUUAAAAUUAUCUAUCUUAACACUUGUUAAAUAUUUAUAAAAUUCUCAGAAUUUUAAAACCUUUCCACAGUUUAUUUUUAAAAUAAUUUUUUUUUUUAUUUAUCAAAACAAAAUUUAAAAGAAUGUAAACAGUAUUUCCUUAAUUAUGUAUAUAUAGCUAGGUUGAAUAAAAUAAUGUUAUGGGUAGGUUUUUUUUGAGGCUGAAAAAAUUGAUCAUCAGAAAUGGCCUGUAAAUUUUUUUAGAUAGUUUUCUAGGGAACCAUGUAGGAAUUUUGAUAGUCAUCAAGAUGCUUAAAAGUAUUACUACAACAAAUAAGCAAUAACAGUCAAAAGGCAAUUAUUCUUUAGAAUUCCUUCCUGAUAACAUUGUUUCCUUAAAAACUCAAUACUGUAGUUUCAAACCAGAAAAUCAAGCAUGGGCCAGCCACCCAUGAAAAUUUGCACCAUAUUUGAGAUGUGAUAUCGUUUUCAAGAUGGGGGGCCUUAUAUGCAUUGACCCAAGCCUCUAUUCUGGAAUUGGCAGAAUUGCAGUGUUUUGUGAACAAGUACUGUAAUAACUAACUAAAAUAUAGAUUUUUGAUUUUUUUUUACACUUAAGAUAACAAAUCCUGAAUAUGUUCCUGGUGCCCUCUACACCAUGUAUAAGUGUAAAUAAUAUGGCUUCUAAUAAAAUUAAAUUAAACAUGUUCAUGUAACAGACAACAACAGCAUAUGGGGGAUUUUUUGAAUUUGUGAAAGAGGACAAAUUCUGAGUGAUUAUACGAUCCCCAAGUGAUGUCAACUUGGUGUACAAUCCCAUUACAUAUUUAUUGCACAUGAAUUAUGUAUGCUUAUGUCUUGCAUUUGUAAACGGAAAAAAAAACCCCAAUCAAUGUAGUUGCUCAUUUAUGCAGCCAUAUAUGUAUAGAAAGUUUAUUUAUGUAUAAUUUUAUGUCAGUUGCCUACUGUUUUUUCGCUGUAGUAAUGCAACAUUUUCUUUAAAGUUAUUGGAUCUUAAAUUGAUCAAGAUGUUACAAAACAAAUUUUUGGUAUAAGUAAGAAACAUGCUGUUACAUUGCUGAUAUAAUUAUUUUAUUAUAAACAUUGGAAAAAUAUAUAAUUGUUGGUAGAUCCAGGGAUGUGCAUGGGGAAUGAGGAUAUACCCCUAUGUUGGCUAUCAAAUGUUUCCAGAGGGAGGAAAAAUGGGGGGGGGGGCAGAACUGACAACCAAAAAAAUAUGCCUGUUUUUAAAGUUUUGCAAUAAAAAAAAAAUAUACUGUAUUGUUUGCUCUGUGCAUAUCAGAAUUUUUUUGACAAGUUUGAUUUUCCCAUAUUUGGGCAUGGUGAUGUCAUAUCACACCCAUAUAUGGGCAAAUCACUGGUAUUCAUCAAAAAGUAUGGACAGAGCAUAAUAAGUUGGUGUGUGGGUUUUGAAACCUAGGAUGAGGCAUGGAAACACAUGUCUUUUAACAGAACAUUGCAAUUUCAACUGGAAACAUUUCAAAUUGACUGUGGUACUGAUAAUCAAAUGGUAGUAGAACAGUUUGGAAUUAUUGUAUGUUGAAUGUUUGUUAAAGAAGGAUUUAGUAUCAAUAAACAACCUGAUACCAUGGGCUUAAGUUCAGGUUAUUAAAUUGGGUGAAGCUGACCUCCAAAAGUAGGAGUAUAACAGGAGCUAAGUCAGUCUUUACACAGCUUGAUAAAGACAUGCUUCUCUCUGAUUGAGCUAAGUCAGCCAUUACUCAGCUUAUAUAAUUCUAUGAAUGUUGGAAAUGUAAUUUAUUACAUAGCGGAUGAUGGGUGGGCUUACUAUUACUAGUUUUGCAGGGUACCUUUGGCUGAAGAGUAGUAGAUAAAUACCUUGGUUAUUACAAUGUGUUUUUAUCUAAGGGGGAAAUCAUAUAAGUAGAUUGUUUGCAUGGGGGAAGUAUAUCUGACGGAUCAGAUUAUUGUACUGAAAAAAAAAUGUCUAAAUGAAGAACUUUGCUUAGUAUAGAACUGAAAUUAUCUAACUUCUAACCUCUUAAUGUAUAGACUGAGGGUUUUAAAUUUUUUUAAAUAUUAGGAUUAAAUGAUACUAACAAUUUUUUAAAUGUAUGCAAUUUAAUCGUAAAUUUGAAAUUCAGUGGUAUGCUAGUUUUAUACCAGUCAACUCUGAAAUAUGAAAACAUUUGGAUGUAUUUUUUAAUCAACAAGAGAAGUAAUUAUAUGAAUAGAAAUAAUUAAAUGUAUGUUUGGAUAUUUCAAGAUGUGUCUGUUUAAAAUGGACAACAGUAGAACUGAUAUAUGUGACUUUAGAAUGAAAAAAAAAAUAUAGAGAAAAUUAGGCCCAUAUGAUGUUUAUUUAUGCCAGAAGAUAUUUAGAGGCACAGACAAAGAAUAAGUUUAUGUAUUUAUACGUAAUUACUUAUAUGGAUAUAAAUAUCUGACCAGUUCUGGCAAAACCCAGCAUUGCUGGCUUUUCAAAAUUUUGUGCUAGCAACCAAAAUGUCAGAAAAUCAGCAUCUUGGUCAAUUUCUGGUUUUUGCAGUUUAUGGAAGAAGAGGUAUUUAUUGAAAACUUAAUACAGUAAUUCUCAUCAAAUAAACACUUUUAAUGGUUAGUACAAAAAUGUAGGGUUUUGCCAUAGCUGGUCACAUAUAAACAUAUUGGUCUAAAUGUAUGCUCAUAUUUUUGUGCUUGCGACACAAUAAUACACGUACAUACGUAUAUAUACAUAAGUACUGUAUUUGUAUGCAUAAAUUAUGUGUGUGUGUAUAAAUAUACGGUAUGUGUAUAUACUGUGCAUAUGAAAUGUAAUGUAUGUUAAUGGCCUUACAUAAGCAUAUGAUAGUUGUGGGAUGUAUAAAUGACAUAAUAGAACUCAAUGCACAAGUCGUCUUCAUUUUGGGUAUAAUUUUGCUGGGGUGUGAAUAAUUUGAGCCACCUUAAGCACAUAAAAUAUCUAUUCUGUUUGCUCUUUGCUAAAGUAAUUUCUGGGUGUUGGCAGCAAUUGUGAAAAAGGUUAAGGGUUACAAAUGGGCGUUAACCCCUCCAGUUAACUUAAGUAUUCACUCUGUGUACUUGCUUGUAUAUAGCUUUUGUGUGUUCUCUGUUUCUACAUAGUGUUUCUAUUUGUAAAUGAUGUUUGUUUUAAACAAAGUAAAAGAAGUUUUGUCUCCUAUAUUCCCAGUUUGUAUCAAAUAUUUUCUCCCUAAGUACGAGUAAGGAAAUUAAGUUGGUGUAGAGCACACCGCAAAGUACAGUAAAAAAUAUUGUUGAGGUUGAAAAUAUACAUAAAGGGGGUUAUUCAAUAUAGACUGCAUAUUUUGUUUAUUUAGUUGUUAUAUAGUACAUAUAUCAUGAAUUACUUUGGAAAAUAUUAGAGACAUUUGUUAACAAAUUAUGCAUAUUGGUUUAACUGAGCUUAAGAUUCUGAAUAAAUUUUAAGUUCAUAUCUUUUAAUAUGUGGGAGGUACUGAAAUUUGGCUUUAUAUUGCAUUAUUUGUCUGUACCUCAUAACUUGUAAAUAUAAUUAUUUUACUUAAUGUUGGCUCAUGAAGUUCAUCUUUUCUUAAAAUGUUUCAUUUCUGAUAAUAUUAUUACUAUACUGUACAUUCAGAAGCCCUUUCCUUUGUAAGGUAUCAAGUUAUUUUUUUAUUUUUUAUUUUUUGGAAAGGUGGAAUCAUUGACAGAGUGAGCCAACACAGAAAGUGUAUACAAGCCAAAGUAGAGUGGAGAUGGAAUUCCAGAAGGUUUAACAGUUUAGCAUUCAAUUGUAAACUUCUCCAAUGCAUGUUUUAAACUAUUUACAUUGAGUAUAUGGUAUUCCAGUUGUUGCAAUCUCCCUCUACCUCCUAACCUUCAGAAUUCUCUAUAUUUUAACCUGUGGAUCAAGUCUGUUUUGGCAUUGAGAGUUGCUUUUCACGGCGCAAAAAAAAAAUAAAUAAAAUGUGCCGAUUUCUAUUCUGCCUUUUCGCAUUAAACUCUCUUAAGUCAAUGGCUAGUACAGUAUAAGUUGUGUCAGGCAUCAUCAAUUCACUUGAUAUUUUGAAUGUGUUAGGGAACCAGCUCUAGAUGGACUCUCUUCUCUUCCGAAAUAAAACAUGUAUGACUGAAA